AUGGAUUUGAAUAUCAUACAGCUGGAUCAGAAUGCCAUACAGCUAAACGAGUCAUUCACAAGCUCAUUGAGUAGCUUACUCACGGGCAAACAUAUAGAAAGUAUAUCAAAAUCCAUUUCUACAAGCAUUGAUCAGUUAGAUUCAUUCGCUACUCAUCAAUGGGAGAUUAUUCUACAUUUCAUGGUCGGCAAUUACACCCACACACCUUCGAAGGGUGUUCUCUUUCUACUUGAAAACUCAAAUCUCAUCAAUUCAUCCAAAAGCUCGCACAACAUCACCUCAAAUGGCUUCCAAUUCCUCUUGCAAGACGUUCAAUUUCAGUUAUGGCAGCUGCUCUUACAAUAUUUAUCUCUAUCUCAAAUAAGGCAAAUGGAUCUUGUCGAAGUUACUUCGUUUCUCUUUAUCCUCGGUACACUUGAAUUAGGCAAAGAUUACUCAAUUGAUUCACUCACAAUAACUCAACAAGCCAUGUUAUCAGAUUUACGCGAUUAUGGUUUAAUCUGGCAGCGCAAGAACUCUUCAAAACGUUUUUAUCCAACUAGACUAGCUACAUCGUUAACUUCGUCUGCUCCACCACUCCUACCUACAAACUCAUCCUCUUCAUUUACAUCUGCAUCCAAUAACAAACGGUUCAUUGUUUUGGAAACUAACUACAGACUAUACGCAUAUACCAGCAAUCCACUGCAAAUUUCUAUUCUCAACUUGUUCGUCACUCUUAAAGCACGCUACCCGAAUCUAGUCAUCGGUGUAAUUACUAGGGAUAGUAUCAGAAGUGCGUUGAGCAAUGGCAUAACGGCUGAGCAAAUCAUUGGCUACUUAUCCUCACACGCUCAUUCGCAAAUGUAUAGAAACAACCCACUGCUGCCAGUUACUGUAUCUGACCAAAUACGUUUGUGGGAAUUAGAGAAGAACAGACUUAAAGCUGAUGACGGUGUACUUUACGAGGAUUUCAGAUCGCAACCUGAUUAUGAGAUAUUGCUCAAUUAUGCAAACUCAUACGAUUGCGUACUCUGGUCUAAUGAUUCUAAGCGUCUCUUCUUUGUUACACUCCAAGGUCAUCAAAUUGUGCGCGAGUUUGUCAAGAGACGGUUGCCAGGUGGGACGGGAAGUGCGAGUACCAGCAAUAGUAACUCUAGUACUCUAUCACUACCGACUUAG